CCGUGAAUUUAUGAUCGAACAUUUGCGAAGCAUUCUCGAACAGAAUCGGUCCCAAUUGUUCCGUGGUUGUGCAGAAUUUUAGUUACAAUCAUACUUUGGUAUUGCGAUAAACCGUUUCGCCGUUAUCCGUUGAUUAGUGUAUCGUGGCAGAUCCGAGUGGAACCAAACCGUCGAAGUUGUUUGUACCAAGUUGUCUAGAACGCACCAGGCAAGGAUGUAUUUCCUCAACGAGUCCGACGCGGCCCUUUUCCCUAUGGCUCGAACCGGUGAUAUUCCCAAAAUGUUGGGAUGGAAUCUUCCCCCGGAGCAUCAACAUCUCGUUCACGAGCACUGGAAAGUGUAUCCGGCACCUCCAUACCACAUGCAUUUGCUGCUGGGCAUGAUAUACUUUGUACUGAUGAAUAUGUCAUUAGUAGGAAACGGGAUUGUCGUGUGGAUUUUCUCUACAUCUAAAUCUCUUCGAAACGGAUCCAACAUGUUCAUAGUGAAUUUGGCCAUUUUCGAUCUUCUCAUGAUGAUUGAGAUGCCAAUGUUUCUGGUUAAUGCCGUCACUGAAAAAAUGGUCGGUUACGAUACAGCCUGCACCGUCUAUGCGACUCUUGGUUCUGUUUCCGGUAUAGGUGGAGCGAUUACCAAUGCCGUCAUUGCGUUCGACCGAUAUCGGACAAUUUCGAACCCACUGGACAAUCGCCUCAGCCGGAAGCAGGCAGGGAUAUUAGUUGCUAUGACCUGGUUCUGGACAGCACCGUUCACCUUGCUGCCAAUGUUUAAAAUCUGGGGACGUUUCAUCCCAGAAGGUUACCUGACAACGUGCUCGUUUGAUUAUUUAACAGACGAUACUGAAACCCGUGCCUUCACGGUUUCAAUCUUUACAUGGGCAUACACAAUCCCGAUGUCCAUGAUUUGCUUCUUCUACAUGAAAUUGUAUGGGCAUGUCCGUGAUCAUGAAGCAAUGUUGAAAAAUCAGGCGCGUAAGAUGAAUGUGGAAUCGUUAGCAGCGAAUCGCAACACCAAAGCUGAGGCUGUAGAAAUUCGUAUUGCCAAAGCUGCCUUCACGAUUUUCUUCCUUUUUGUUUGCUCAUGGACCCCUUACGCCAUAGUGGCGAUGACUGGAGCUUUUGGAGACAAGAGAAAACUGACACCAUUCUGCACAAUGAUCCCGGCCAUGUGUAGCAAGGUUGUGUCUUGUUUGGAUCCAUGGGUUUAUGCCAUCAGCCACCCAAAGUAUCGCGAGGAGCUGGAACGUAGAAUCCCAUGGAUGGGUAUCAGAGAGGAGGCGGACAAUAUCAGUACAACUGACAGCAAGCAAACCGUUGUAUCGGAUGCUAAUAAGGUCACCGGAGAGUAACGGAAAUGGUGAAAACGAUUUUUCUCAAAACACCACUUAUUUUAAAUAACCACACUGGAAAUCAAUGAUGACUUGGCUGUAGUACAAGGAUUUUGAUACACGGAAUAUCCUAUCUUGUUAUGUACCCAUAUGUAUAAUCUCAAAGCAAAGCAUAGCGUAAAAAUAAAUAACGCAACGAAAAA